CCCACCUCCAGCUGCCAGGGAGCGACUGGAGCUGUUGUGUUUACACUGUAUGCCAUAGCGCUGUAAUUUCCUGCACAAAUUCCCACAGCCAAAUUCUCCCUCAUUAUGGGGGACAAGGCGGGUACCCGGGUGUUCAAGAAGUCCAGUCCCAACUGCAAGCUUGCAGUAUACCUGGGAAAAAGAGAUUUUGUGGAUCACCUAGAUCAUGUGGACCCUGUUGAUGGUGUGAUCCUGGUGGACUCUGAAUAUCUCAAAGAUAGAAAAGUAUUUGUCACUUUAACCUGUGCAUUUCGGUAUGGCCGCGAGGACCUUGAUGUUCUUGGGCUUUCCUUUCGAAAAGAUCUUUACAUCUCGACUUUCCAAGCCUAUCCUCCCAUUCCAGAGGAAUCCAAGCCCAGCAGUCGUCUGCAGGAGAGACUUUUGAAGAAACUGGGCCAGCAUGCUUAUCCUUUCCAUUUUACUAUCCCACAAAACUUGCCAUGUUCAGUUACCUUGCAACCCGGGCCUGAGGACACAGGAAAGGCCUGUGGGGUGGAUUUUGAGGUCAGGGCUUUUUGUGCCAAAUCAAUGGAAGAGAAGAAUCACAAAAGGAAUUCAGUACGGCUAAUUAUACGUAAGGUCCAGUAUGCCCCUGAGAAACCCGGCCCACAGCCAAUGGUGGAGACUACGAGGAGUUUCCUAAUGUCAGACCGCUCUCUACACCUGGAAGCUUCACUAGAUAAAGAGCUGUAUUACCAUGGAGAACCCAUCAGUGUUAACGUCCAUGUCACCAAUAACUCAACCAAGACUGUCAAAAGGGUUAAAAUAUCAGUACGACAGUAUGCUUAUAUCUGUCUCUUCAGCACAGCGCAGUACAAAUGUACAGUGGCUCAGAUAGAGGCAGAUGAUCAGGUGGCAUCAAGCUCAACGUUUUGUAAAGUGUACACACUCACGCCCACCCUCAAUAACAAUCAGGAGAAGAGAGGCCUAGCACUGGAUGGAAAACUCAAACAUGAGGACACCAACUUGGCGUCUAGCACAAUCGUGAAGGAUGUGAGUAAUAAAGAGGUUCUGGGGGUCCUGGUGUCAUAUCGGGUCAAAGUCAAGCUGGUGGUCUCCCGUGGAGGGCUUUUAAGCAGUUUGCUGGAGAGGGAUGUCUCAGUGGAACUGCCGUUUGUCUUAAUGCAUCCUAAACCCACAGACUUCACCCUUUCCCAUUCAACCUCUGCUGCUCCAGUGUUGGAUCCACCGAUUGACACUAACUUGAUAGAGUUUGACACAAACAGUUUAACCCCAGAUGAUGACAUUGUUUUCGAGGACUUUGCUCGCUUGCGGUUAAAAGGAGUAAUUGACAAGGAGGACUGCUGAACGCUCCCUGUGCCCUUUUUAACAUCUUGUUCAUGAAGAACAGAAGCUCUUCACAUCUCAAUGAACAUCACAUGGUGCCCAGAAUGAAUAGUCUCUCUAUGGCCAUAACAAUGAAAUAAUUCUUCUCAUCUCAUUGAGGCUGACGCAGUAUUUAUACAUAUUUUACGGAAAAGUGGAGAAAAGUACAUAUAUCUUUAAAAAGGUGCUGAAGUAAGAUAAUCAGGGAGGAGAUCCCAGGGAAUUACAUUCAUUUUUGCAUAGGCAUGUGAUAACUAUAUCUCUCGUAUUGUGCCAACUGUUAUUCUGUCAUAAUUUUCUUACCCAUGUUGUUCCAAAACAAUAUUAGUCUUUAUUCCAUGGAGCAAAGAAGAUGUUAGGAAGAAUGCUAGACACUGUCACCAUUCACUUUAACUGCAUCUUUUUUCCAUACAAUGAAAGUGAAGGGUGACUGAUGCUAACAUUCUGCCUAACAUCUCCUUUUUUGGAAGAUAUGAAGUCUUAUGGGUUUGGACUAACAUGAGAGUGAGUAAAUAAUGACACAAUUUUCAUUUUUUGGGUGAACUAACCCUUUAAGUAUGGUAAAUCAGUUUUAAUUUUUAAAAGCCUCUGUAUUUAUUACUUUUCAAAGACAGUCAUGCUAUUCCUGUGAUUUGUGUAAAAUAGCUCCCUGUGCAUUACACUAUGAUGUACGGUUUCAGUGUCAUGGGAUGUGCAUGUUUCUCAGUGCUGCUGUUUGGAUGGUAUGUGUUUGAACAAGCUAUUCCUUAAGGUUGUAAAUAUAUGAAAGUGCUGCUUUAGAUCUGUUGGACUGCUGCGUUUGUUUAAAAAAAGAAAACUUUAAUUAAUGGAUGUGUAGAGAUUUAACAUCCCUCAGGAGAAAGGAAAAACAAUAUUAUGACGUUCAUAAUCACAGGAUACACUGUUUG